AGUAGAGAGAGAAAGAGAGAAGAGAGAGAGAGAGAGAGCGCGCGCGAGUGCAGACGAAUCGGCGCGUCACUGACUCCGAUGGAGGCCAUGGCGCGAGCCCGACACACCACGCCGCGCUCCAUCCCCCUUCGCUGUUCACGAUCUCCAAAGUUGCGGAUGCAUUUAUGGCGCUCCCGAGGGCCCGUCCAAGAUUGAAGGCGUUACCAAUUUCGUCUCCGUCUGCGGCUUCCUCUUCGUUCGUCAUUGUGUUGGCAUUUUCUGUGCUCCCCAUCUGGUUCCAACUGGAGUUUGAUUUUUUUUUUUCCGCUUUCCCCCUUCUUUUCCUGCCUUUACUCUUUUUCACCCUUGGCGAAUCGGAGGAUCGUGACGGGGAAGUUCGAGAAUGGAGGGCGAGAAGAAGUCGUCGGCCGUGUCGGACGCCGGGGCGUGGGCGAUGAACGUGAUAAGCUCCGUCGGCAUCAUCAUGGCCAACAAGCAGCUCAUGUCGGCUGGCGGUUAUGCCUUCGGCUUUGCAACAACAUUGACCGGGUUUCACUUUGCCGUAACUGCAUUGGUCGGUCUAGUUUCAAAUGCUGUUGGUUAUUCUGCAUCAAAGGAUGUUCCUUUGUGGGAGCUUCUCUGGUUUUCUAUUGUUGCGAAUAUAUCGAUCACGGGGAUGAAUUUCAGCCUCAUGUUGAACUCCGUAGGCUUCUACCAGAUAUCAAAAUUAAGCAUGAUUCCAGUAGUUUGCGUCAUGGAAUGGAUCCUUCACAAUAAGCACUACUCCAGAGAGGUGAAAAUGUCUGUGGUGGUUGUGGUUAUUGGUGUAGGUGUUUGCACGGUGACUGAUGUGAAAGUCAAUGCCAAAGGGUCUACAUGUGCAUGUUUGGCAGUCCUCUCAACAUCUUUGCAGCAAAUUUCGAUAGGUUCCUUACAGAAGAAGUACUCGAUUGGAUCUUUCGAACUGUUGAGUAAGACGGCUCCGAUACAAGCUUUGUCUCUCCUUUUCCUUGGUCCAGUCGUUGAUUACUUUCUCAACGGCAAAUCCAUUGCAGACUACAAGAUGUCAUACGGUGCUCUUUUCUUCAUCAUUCUAUCAUGCAUGCUGGCGGUCUUCUGCAACGUGAGCCAGUACCUCUGCAUCGGCCGCUUCUCUGCAGUUUCCUUCCAGGUUCUGGGUCACAUGAAAACAGUAUGCGUUCUCACAUUAGGGUGGUUGCUCUUCGACUCCGAGCUUACUCUCAAGAACAUAAUGGGCAUGAUCAUAGCAAUUGCCGGCAUGGUGAUUUAUAGUUGGGCUAUGGAGGUCGAAAAGCGGUCGAGUGAGAAGCCUGUAGUAGCUCCUGCCAUGAGCAGCUCCACCGAAGAGGAAACCGAACUUUUGAAGGAGGCCGCCACAACAAACUUAGCAGUGGCAAAGGAUAUCGAACUCGGGCGAGACUACUGAAGGAUGAGUUGACUUUCUUCUUUGUUCAUAGCUUUCGGGGUCUUCCAUGUGUAUCCAUCUGCUGCUGCCGCUUACAUUACACCAACGCGAUUAGCUCUCUACAUUAGUUGGUUCCUUUU